AUGACAAACCCUGAUUUGGAAAAACUUCGUCAAGAAGCAAAAGAAUCAACACCAUAUUUAGCAAGUGAUGAAAAAUCAUCAGUAUUAAAAGAUUCAAAAUUACAAAAAGAAACUCAUAAACCUGAAGUUAAACCAUGGGUUCAUUUUGUUGCUGGUGGUAUUGGUGGUAUGGCAGGUGCUGUUUGUACUUCACCUUUUGAUGUUGUUAAAACAAGAUUACAAAGUGAUGUUUUCAGAAAUACUUAUUUACAUCAAAUGAAAUCAAAAAAUUUAAUAUUACAAGCUGGUCAACAUUUUAAAGAAACUUUUGGUAUAAUAAAUAAUGUUUAUAAAAAUGAAGGUUUUAGAUCUUUAUUUAAAGGUUUAGGACCAAAUUUAGUUGGUGUUAUUCCGGCAAGAUCAAUAAAUUUCUUUGUUUAUGGUGUUGGUAAAGAUUUAAUUUCUAAAAAUUUCAAUAAUGGACAAGAAUCUGCUUGGGUUCAUUUAUUUGCUGCUGCAUGUGCAGGUAUUGCCACUUCAACUGCAACUAAUCCAAUUUGGUUAGUUAAAACAAGAUUACAAUUAGAUAAAGCAUCAUCAAAAUUAUAUAAAAAUUCAUGGGAUUGUAUUAAAUCUGUUAUAAAACAUGAAGGUUUUGCAGGUUUAUAUAAAGGUUUAACUGCAUCAUAUUUAGGUUCAGUAGAAAGUACAUUACAAUGGGUUCUUUAUGAACAAAUGAAGAGUAUAAUACAUAAAAAAUCAUUACAAAGAGAACAAUCUGGUGUGGAAAAAACAAGUUUAGAUUCAUUUUUAGAAUGGUCUGCAAGAUCUGGUAGUGCAGGUUUUGCCAAAUUAAUUGCAUCAUUAAUUACAUAUCCUCAUGAAGUCAUUAGAACAAGAUUAAGACAAGCUCCAACUGUUGAAGGUGGGAAACCAAAAUAUACUGGAUUAGUACAAUGUUUUAAAUUAGUUGUUAAAGAAGAAGGUUUAGCUUCAAUGUAUGGUGGGUUAACUCCUCAUUUAUUAAGAACUGUUCCAAAUAGUAUUAUUAUGUUUGGUACUUGGGAAUUAGUUAUUAAAUUAUUAUCAUGA